CCUGGAGCUCGUGGCUGAAUUUCGGCAGCUUCAUCCGGUGUUUAUUCACCUACGGAGUGGUGAAUUUUCCUAACUUUAAAAAUGACAGCCAAUCCGCUUCACGCAAGAACAAAGUGGCUCAGGAGCAAAGUGUCUCCGCCUUGCAAUUAUAAACUUGUUCUAAAUGAAGACACGCCAAGAAAGGUGAGUCCAUCUGUUUACACCCAGGAGAUGUUAAAGUCUACAGAGGAGCGCCUGGCUAACAUCAACGAGGUGCACCCGCCCCGCAUCCUGGAACUGCUUGACAUGGGCAAGACUACGCAUCACAAAUUGUCCUUGGUGGAUAUGGAUCAGCCGCUUUUCCAGCCCUACCCAUCUGAGCUGGUCUUCCAGAACUUCACUCCUGGACAGACCUACAAGUUACCUCUACUUCUCCUCAACAAUGACAAGGUUUCACGACAAGUGAAGCUGGAGAUGCAGGACUCGGAGCAAUUCCAUGUGGUCGGUCCAGAGGAGGCAUGUACAAAGGUUGCACCAGGAAUGUCUGCUACUUUCGCUGUCUCCUUUACCCCGCAGGAGAACAAGGACUAUCACCACAGACUGGUUUUUGUGACAGAGAGAGAACGAUUUGAGGUCCCAAUCCAUGCCAUUGGGCCACGUGCCAUUCUUGACUUUCGUGACGAGCUCCAUUUACCCGUCUGUCUUGUGAAAGCCUCCACAGAGCGGACUACUCUAGUUCGCAACAUAGGAAACUGCAAGGCCAUGUUCCAGCUACACACACAGAGGCCUUUCUCAAUAACACCCUCCUGUGGAGCUCUUGAUGUAGGCGAGGGCAUGCAGGUGACUGUGGAAUUCAAUCCCAUGACUGCAGGAGACUACAGUCAGGACCUGCUUCUGCAUUACCACACUGGUGAAGAUGUCUACAUCAGACUUUAUGGGACUUGUGAGGAACUGAACAUUCAUCUUGAACCAGACUCUGUCCUGUUAAAGAAGACCUACAUUUCCCUGGCCAACGUAAACACAGUGUGCCUCACCAACACGGGUGAUAUCCCGCUUCAGUACUAUUGGACGACAUGGCCCAGCCUGCAAGAGGAGGCCCUGAGCUUAUUGAGGGAAAGCUCAGUGCUCCCGCAGAAGGAGGAAAAUGAGAGGGAACAGUUGCUUUUUCAGUGUGAGUCUGACCCGACAGCGAUCCAUCGCCUCCCGCUGCUGUCCAAAGCCCUGCAGGAACGCAGAAGCCAGGCUGUGAAGGGCUACCGCCUGGAGCUUCCACACAGCUGCAUAACUGUGGAACCAGCGGAGGGUGAAAUAUGGCCCAAAAUGACAGCACGGUUCAUCGUUGUCUUCAAGCCAGAGGAGGCCAAACUGUACCAACAAACCAUAUAUUGUGAUGUUACAGGCCGUGAAUCUCGUUUACCUUUAACAAUAAAGGGUGAGGGCAUGGGACCUGAACUCCAGCUCAGCUAUAACCUGAUGAACAUGAAAAACAAAGUAUUCAUUGGUGCCAAAAGCUGUUACGAGGUGCUGGUGUCCAACAGAGGACUGAUUGAUGCCCCUUUCAGGCUGUCAAGCCCUGACACCCCUUUUGGCCGCUGUUUCUCCUUUAGUCCUGAGGAAGGUGUUAUUCCCUCUGGAGCCAGCCAGAUUGUGGGAGUCACCUUCCACAGUCGCAUCUUGGGAACUUUCUCUGAGGACCUGCUGCUAACUGUCACAGGACAGCCUCAACCACUAACCUUAACCUUCAGAGGUGGUGUCAUUGGUCCCACAUUCCACUUCAAUGUUUCAGAGUUUGAUUUUGGAGAUGUAGCCUUUGGUUUCCCGCUAACAUUGAUUUGUACCCUCUUCAACACCUCCCUGGUGCCUAUGACCUUUGCCCUGCGUGUCCCAGGAGACGGGUUGGGGUCUCCCAGUGUGACAUGUGCUAAACAGGUUUCCAGUGUGUCCAUGAACAAUUGGCAAGGCAGUGCUGCUAGAGACCUUCAUGCGCGGCCUGUGGAGUUUACCGUCAGCCCUGCUGCAGGCUCUGUCGCUGAAAUGUCAGAUGUCACCAUUAAGGUGACGUUGUGCUCCAACACAGUCAGGACAUACAGGCUGGCACUGGUGGUGGAUGUUGAGGGUGUCGGGGAGGAGAUCACGACUCUGCCAAUCAUUGCCAGGUGUGUUGUUCCUGAUAUUGUGGUGGAGACUCCAGUGUUAGACUUUCAAAGGUGUUUCCUCAAUCACUCCUAUGAACAGCAAGUGCAGCUGAUCAACACAAGCACUCUGCCUGCCUGCUUCGUCGUGCUUGACCAGGAAUAUGAGGAAAGUCCGUCACUGAUUUUUGGCAGUUCUGUACCCAGAGGAGUGAUUCUUCCUCGCAGUUCAGAAGCAUUUCCCGUGUUUCUGCAGGCUAAGGCCGUUGGAAGGCUGCAUCACACUCUACGCAUUGCUGUGUUUGGCAGUGCCAAGCCACCCUUGGAGGUGGUCUUGUCAUGUAUUGGGCAGGGACCUGUAGUUCAUGUUCAGAGCCCACAACUGGACUUUGGCACAAUCCCGGUUCUGACGGACAUUACUAGAGCCCUGCACCUGUCAAACCAAUCACCUAUUCCAGCCCACUUUACUGCUCGCAUGAGCCACGGAAGGUCAUUUUGGCGUGUUGAGCCCAGUGAGGGGGAAGUGCCACCAGAGAGCCAGCUGGAGCUAAGGGUAGUGGCACACCUGAAGGACACGCUUCACUUCCAGGAACGGCUGGAAGUAUCCAUCCAAGACAGUCAAACACACACCGUCGCUCUGUCUGCCACAGGCACUGGUACCACAAUUGUCAGUGACCGACCUUUUGCUCCCAGCCUUGACCUAGGCACAUACUUCAGCCCUGGGUCAUGCCAGUACCACUUUAAGCUGACCAACCAUGGGCAGCGAAUUCACCGGAUGCACUGGCGAACUGAGGGCUUCCUGCCCUUCACAAAAACCCGCAAGGGCGAAAACUCAUCUGGCCGAACCUUCCUGCCCCCCAUCUCUGCUCCCGGGAAGACGGAUCUCGUGGGCCGCGGAUCUAUGCUCUCCUCUAGCAGAGAGAAGCCAGUGUUCAGCCUUAGCCCCUCUCAUGUGGAGCUUUUCCCAGGCUGCUCCGUUGACAUGGUGCUGACGGGAUCUUCUGACUUUCCCAAGGUUGUACAGGAGCAUCUGGUGUGCCAUGGCAUUGUGGGUCGCAAUGACGGCGGUAAUAAGCACAUCAUGUCUGUACAUAUAACCUGCCGAUUUGUGGCUCCUGUUCUCACCAUUUCUUCCAAGCAACUGAACUUCUACAUAGAGAAGGUCCCAGGAAAAAGUCUAGUGCCCCUGUAUGAGAAGCUGAUCUUGGAGAAUGUGUCAUCUUUGCCUCUAUCCCUGGAGCUCUCUCUGAACGAGCCGUUCUCUCUGUGUGACGCCCCGGGAGCCCUCAGCUCUGCUACCACUAAGUCCAUGGUUUUAGGUGACGGGAGGCAGGUUAAGUUGUGGGUAUGCUUUAAUCCAUCUUACUGUCGAGAUCGGGUGUCACGAGUCGUGGAUGAGUUCCUUGAAGUACACUUCCAGGGACACCCACAGCAAGACAUGGUGAAGCUGCACGCUGAGGUCCACUUCCCCAACCUCCACUUCUCCUCCAACACAGUGGAUUUUGGCUGUGUGCUCAACUGCACUGAGACUCAUAGAGAAAUCUCGAUCACCAACUGCUCUCCGCUGCCUGUGUCCUACCACUGGGCUUUUUUGGAUGACCAGAAACACUGUACCAUCAGAGAGACACAUAUGCUGGAGGCAGAGGAGGAACAGAAAAAUACAGUAAAGGAGACUAAAGAAGGGUGGAGCUUCGCUCUAACGGCUUCUCCUGCCUAUUCAGUCGCUCUCAGCCCCAGGCCUGGUGCAGAUGAUAAGAGCAGCACACAGAGCCCUCCGUGUGUCGAAGAGGUGUUUGAUAUCUUGCCAAUAUAUGGUCAUCUGCAACCUGGGAACCAACAGCUGGUCAUAUUGUCUUUCUACGGCCAUAAAAAUGUCAGCAGAGAGGUGGUAGCCCAGUGCCAUGUAGAGGAGGGGCCUACGUACGAAAUCAAACUCAGAGGAGAAGCAUCAGUAAUCAGCUACAGCCUUGACUCUACCCACAUCGAUUUCGGUCUACAGCUGUUUGAUCAUAAAGGGGAAGCUGAGGUGACCCUGAGGAAUACUGGGAAGCUGGGCUUCAAAUUUAGCAUCCUACAGGAGGACGAUGAGGGGGCAGACGAGGAGACGGGGGUACAGAAGAUGGCCCUGGAUAUGGACGAGCAGCAGUCAGAUGCACGGCAGCAAAAAGACAAUGAGCAAAAUGAUAAAGGACAGGAAGUCAUACCUGGCCGGCCCAUGGUCAUACCCAGUAUGGGUUAUGUUGCUGGUGGUGCAGAGCAAUCUCUGCGUAUGCUCUACAUCCCGGGAAUCCCUGGGGUGUUUGAGAAGCGGCUUCAGCUGCGGGUGGCUUACCUGCCACCGCAGGACAUCACUCUGACUGGAGAGGGAGUGUUCCCAAGGAUCAGGCUGAACUUGCCACAAAACCUGUCAGAUGAGUGCUACUGUGAUGUGGUGAAGCAGGCCAGAACAGCUGUGGAGACAGAUAGAGUCAGCAAGGAGCUUAUGAAUGGAAUUACCACUGGUGGAGGAGCAACAGCAGAGACCAACUGCACACUCACCUAUGAAGAGCUGCUUCACAUGGAGAUCGAGAGAACGCUGGUCAAACAGAAUGCUCUCGCUGUGACCGGCAGCCUGCUGGAGCUCAGAGACUCGCAAGGUUCCUCCAGAAAGUGGCACAGACUUAGCAAAUUCCUGCUCCCCGAGUAUGUUUUGGAUUUUGGUUAUGUCAUUCCAGGCAAAGUCCUCAGUCACACUAUAAAUGUCACCAAUACCGGGUCAGUGGCCGUGUCCUUCCAUGCCAAUCGCAAAUCUCUAGCUGGCACAGGUUUCAGUGCAGAAUUUGAAAGAGUGAAAAACCUGCCCUGUGGCGAGACACAGACUUUCAUAGUUAAAUUUGACCCCCAAGGAGCCAACCUGAAGAUGGGGGGCAUAAGUGUUGUCAUGCCAAUACAGGUCACAGGUGGUCCGAUGGUCCAGGUGCGGCUGUGUGGAGUGGUAACUGUGCCGGCCAUCUCUGUUUCCACGGAUACACUACAGUUUGACACUGUGCAGUGCGGCAUGUGUCAGGUGAAGACAAUACAGCUGUUCAAUCACGAGUCUGUGCCCUGCUACUGGAGCAUAGCCGAGGAGGUCAAGUCUUUCAAAAAGGUAGAUAAGUUUCUGCCUGUCUACCAGCGUAAAAAGGUCAUGCAGGAUUGGCGACCACCUCCAGUGGUUUUUGAGAUUAUUCCCUGCUCUGGCACACUGUCCCCUGGUGAACAAGUCAACGUCCAGAUAAAGUUCAGCCCUGCUGAGGGGCAUGCUUACAGCAGGCAGCUAGUGGUCCGUGCGGCUGAGAGCACCCAGCAGGUGUUCAUUACAGCACAGGGGAAAGGUGAGGAGCCACAACUCGAGUUCUGCCCGUCUGCACUGGAGCUGGGGCCUUGCCUGCCUGUCAGCACUGAGGUUGAAGCUGAGGUCACUGUCAAAAACCCCUGCUCUUUCACCAUUGAGUUCUACUCCCUGGAGUUCGACACACAGUAUCUGGAGGAAGAAAAGAUCCUUCGUCUGAUGCAGGGUUAUGAUGAGAACAACAUAUUACUGCUGCCACCCAGGGCCCCUGGAGAAAGUCUUCCCACAGAACUGCUCGUCUACUACAAGGACUACUGCUCCCAGCUGAAAGCAGAGCUGAAGGCAGGCUCAGAUGAAAAAGAAGCUGGGACAGGUGACACACAUGAGGAAGAAGAGAGGUCCAGAAAAAACAAUGCCAACCCACCAGACAGCUUGGCUUUUGCGCAUUCACUUGUUUUGGAGAUGACCAAAGGGGGAAGCAGUGGGAGACUGGGGCAGCUAGAGAUGACCCCCGUCUCCAGAGCAAUUGCCCGCCACAUGUGUGUUGACCUGUCACCUGAGGGUCUGGCUGCACGCAACCGCAGAGGCAUUGCUGUUAUUGUAUAUGGAGCCCCGCAGACAGAUAAGAGCAGCACAGCGGCUGCUCUCGCUCGUCACUACGGAGGUGCGUGUUUGAGUGUUGAUGCUGUGGUUACAGAUGUGCUGAUAAAUGGCGCAUCGCCUGUUAGCCUGACCGCAAGACGACUCUAUGACUGUGCUGCUGCGGAGUAUGCUGACAAGAAGGCUGAGGAGGCUGCUCAGUCCUUUGAAAAAAACAAAGAACCGGGACCUGCACCACAUCUUGAAUCCUCAGAUCCAGCUACAAAUUCAGCUGCAGCUUCACAUGACACUGUGGAAGUUCUUGCAAAACUCAGAGAGGACAGCUGCAGUAAAAAUGACUCCAAAGCUCCUCAGGAGACCGAAAACAAAGACUUCGCCCUUUGCCUGGGAGGAGAUGUGACCACAUUCAGAAAUCUCUUGCCCGAGCAGCUACUGGUUGAAAUUCUGGCGGAAAGAUUUCAGCUAAGCGAUUGUCACCGUGGCAUAGUGAUUGGCAGCCUGGAGUCUGUCUACACUCAGUCAGCAGCAAGCACGCUGCAAGUUGUUCUCAAGGCCCUUAAUAAUCGCAAACACAUCUAUGUAGUCAACUUGUCUGACUCCUACGCUGCCCUGAAGGCAAGGGAGACAGCACAGAGAGAAGCCCAGGAGGCUCUGAAGAAAGAGAAAGCUGACAGGGAGGAGCAGUGGUUACAGGAGCUCGAUGGGGAUGAGUAUGAUGCUCUGCCAGAAGAGGUGAAGGAGCGUAUUGCCUUGAGACAUAGAGAGAAGCUCAGACUGCACAAACUCAGGGAGCUUGGGCGAAUAGUAAAAGUACACAAAGAACAGAGGAACCAGGAAGAGAUGAAGAGGCUGAGAGAAGAAGAAUUGAAGAAGAAGAGCAAAAAGCUGGCAAAAAAGGAUAAUAAAGAAGCAUCAAAGAAGAAGAGCUUGGUGGAGGGAAAGCAGUCAUCAGAUGCAUUGAAUGGGAGGAGGAUGUCUACCUGUAACAAGUCAAAAGAGUCACUAGUGGACGUAAAUAUAAAUGAAGGUGCCAACAUGUUGCAUCAAAACAAAGAGGCUGAUCAUUCACACACAAGGACAGAAGAAGCCAAAGUUUUACAGGCAGAGUCUCCCCAACCUGAAGACAAGCUGGAGGGAGAAAUUUCCAGUGUGGAUGAGUUGCAGUCUCAGUUUAGUGAGUAUGAGCGGAUCCAGGAAAAGGUCGAACACAUCCUGCAUCACUGGGACCGAGUCCAGGGCUUGUUACUGGUCCCGCUCCCCAGUGAAGAAUGUCCACCAGUGUCAGAGGAUGCUGCAACCGAGAAACAGACCCCUGUUGGCAAGAGGAGCAAGAAAGCCAGUACCAAGACAUUGUCUCCACUGCCCAGUCAGAUGGCAGCACCACCUGAAGCAGACAAGGCAGGAGACAAGGUGUAUCCACAAGACAUCCCUCACAUUGUGCUGAAUGUAACAGGGAAAGACUAUCCGAGUGCCACAGAACUGCUCAGCAGCAGCGUCCUGCCUCCACUGGAUGAAGUGUUGGAGGAUUUGGGGUUUGGACCUGGCGGCCCACCCAUCCUUCCUCCAACCACGUUCUCCAUGGUUCCUUUCCCCAAAACCAGAAAGCAAUCUAACAGUCAACUCACCUGUGACUGUUUCACCUUCCUGGUUCCCUCUGAGCUGGGCGAACGGCGUGAGGAGAAAAAAGAUUCAGAGGAAGAUUUACAAACAUCAGUUGUAAAGGUAGAGGCAGCAGCAACACCUUCCAAAAGUGGUGGCAAGGGCAGCACUAAGGAGAGUGCAGUAACAAAGGACAAGGAUAAAAAGGACGGAGAGAGUCAGAGGAGCAGGAGACGAACUUCAGCCAAGACAAAAUCAAAGGACUCGGACCGGUCUCGCUCACCUCAGGUACACGUCUCCUCCAUGUCGGACUGCAUCGAACAGGACCAACACCAACACCAAAGGAAUUUGGAGCUGAAACGCAAGCAGAGCCUGACCAGAUUUCGCUGGGUUGUACCCCCCAACAGUGAAGUGGUUCUGAAGAUCUGGUUCUACUCAGACUCCCCAGGGAGGUUUGAACAGACUUUCAACUUUGAGCUACUGGGCACCAAGAGACACUACCAGCUCCCCUGCAGAGGACUUUGCACCUAUCCCUCCAUCUGCAAAGACUACAUGACUCUUUUUGCCCUCAGUAAGAAGGUGCCACAAAUGACAGAAGGGACCCAGAAGACUUAUGUUAUCACACCUGGAUACUUUGAGUUUGGACCAUUACUCUGUGGCAAGACCAGAGACAGAUACAAGGAAAAUAAGUACCCAGAGAACACAGAGAGACUGGUGAUUCAUAACAAUUCAGGUCUGGAGGCUGAGGUCCAAUUCAGUUUCCAGCAUGAUACCCAGGCCACCACAUAUCUGCUGUACCCCCCCACCAUGACUCUCAAACCUGACCAGAAACAGGAGUUGACAGUGUGGGCCUACCCAACAAAACUGGGACAAAUGAAGGACAGUGUUGUUUGCUAUAUCAAGGACAAUCCAGAGCUUGUCAUCAUAAACCUCUCCUGCUGGGGUGUUCGGCCAAUGCUGGAGCUGGAAAGCAAGCAUUUGCAUUUUGACAGGGUUUUGCUGCACAGGCAGGACAGCCGUAGUGUGAUGCUGCACAAUAAGACAGCUCUGCCGGUGUCCUGGAGACUGCAGGGUGCGGAGGAUUUGGGCGAUGAGUUCAGUGUGCCACAGGAUGAGGGCAUCAUCUCACCUAACUCCUCUAUCCCCCUGAGCUUGCACUUCAGGGCCAGGAAGCCACUCCACAUUAAGAAGAUCUUACGUCUGGAGGUAUCUGACGUGGCGAAGAUUCUAGGAAUCGUACACACCGAAAACAUACAGGUCACUGCUGAAGCCUAUGAUAUAGCUCUGGACAUCUCACCAGAUGGCUGUCUGGACUUUGGAACGAUCAAAGUCUUUGAAGAGGCCAAACUGUCUCUCAGGAUGAAAAACCAAGGAAAAUAUGAAAUAGCCUACAAGUUCACAUUUCAGCAGACCAACCCAACCCAGCCAAACCUAGACUCCAUUUUCACGGUGUCCCCCCAGUGUGGUACUCUAACACCCCACGAGAAGGCCACAACAGUGCAGAUCCUCUGCAGACCCAAAACAGAAGUCUUAAUUAGAGAGCAACCUGUCCUGCCUUGCCAGGUGAUUGAACCCAGCAUUGGGAGUGGAGGAGAAACCAUAGCAAUCUUAGCCAUCAAGGUUUCAGUCAAGUCUGUCUUCUCCAGGUACAAGAUCACACCUGCAUGUGACAUUAACUUUGGUCCACGGAUCUACGGCUCCAAGAAAAGCAAGAGCUUCACUAUUGAGAACAAUGGAGUCUUUGAGACACGUUUUACCAUCUGCCGCAUGAUCAUGGAUCCUGCUCCACCAGGGAGGCCAGGGGGUCCAGGUAAGAAGAUGCCACAAGAGAGUCAUUCAGGGAGACCCACUGGUGCCAGUUUCAAAGUGCGACGUGAGUCCUUCCAGAAAGACAUGAGUAUUACACAGAAUCGCCUCACCAUGGGGGUGUUCUCAGUGUCUCCCUGCACAGGAAGCCUGCAGCCAGGGUCUCAGCAGGUGGUGACAGUGGAUUGUGUAGCUGAACAGCUGGGCAACUGGAACCAGGGUUUGCUGAUUGACAUCAGUGACCGUGACCCCUCAGACCAGCCUGACGGCAUACCAUACAGACUGCUGGCUGAAGUCUGCAAACCAGGAAUAGCAUUAGACAUGGCCUCCAUCUUUGAGGAACACCAUCUGUGCUACAACAGCGCUCAGCUCUCCUCUGAGCAGUUUUGCCAUGCUGAAAGCAUUUAUGUCCAAGAUGAGAACAAGUUUAUUUUCAACAAAGUCCUAGUUGGGCGAAGCGCUAAGGCCCGCUUCAAACUCACCAACAACACUAAGGUGCCCUGCGUGCUCAGCUUGGCCAUCAAAUAUGUUGCUUCUAAGACAUCCCGUAACGUUGAGGCUUUUGAUUUGUCUGCUACAACACUGAGCAUUCCCAGCCAGUCACACUCAUUCGCUGUGGUCACCUUCACACCCCAGAUGAUGCAGCUCUACAGUGCUGUGUUUGAGGCUACAAUGGAAGGAACCAGCAGAAUGACCCCAACAUUCAAGAGCAAGGUGCUAGAAUUUGACCUAACAGGAGAGGGUACUCUGCCCAGCGUGUGUGUGGUGCGUCCACCUCUGAGGAACAGUGGAGGAAGCCCAUUGCUGCAGUUCAAACGAGUAUUGGUAGGGCGCAAACAUGCCCUGUCCCUGGUUCUGCUAAAUGAUGGAAAUGUUCCGGCUCAGGUCCAGAUUGACAUGCUGGAUAAACAUGGUGUGUUCACCCUCAAAGCUGCUCGUGGCAACACUUGUAGCUCCAUUGACUCCACACAGCUUGAGGGCACAACAGAGCAUCAGUUGGUGCACAGAGCCAUCCUGAGUAUGAAUGUUAACGAGCAGGUGGAGUUUGAGGUCAACUUCUGCUCUUACGAGCCCCUGAGCAUCAAGGCCAAGAUGUCACUGCAAGUGGGGGACAACCAGUACAGCAAAACCAUAAUACGAGUGAGCGGAGAAGCUUACCAGGAAAUUGUCUCUCUUGACAACAUUGGCAGAUCAUUGCAGGAAAUGGAUCAGGAAGAUGAUGAAGGAGGUAAUUAUGAGGUGCUGAAUUUUGGUGACUGCCAUGUUGAUUGUCCCUACCAAGAGAGUUUUACCAUGACCAACCACAGCAGCAGCCAGGUGGUGAGGUUUGAAUGGCCUCCAGCUGGACCCCAUGUCUUCUUUUCACCACAGGUCGGACACCUUCAUGCUGGUUGUUCUAAGGAAGUGACUGUCACCUUUUGCUCCAGUCAACCAGUGACUUUGAGCAGCAUGCCAAUGAGAUGCAAAGUUUGUCAGGUGGAGUUCCAGCAGCCAGUAGAGGAGGUAGCUGACUGGGACGACCGGCAGAGGACAGUGCAGUGGCUGAGUUCUUCCAAGGAGGCUUCAGGAGAACCACAGCAGCCUGUGAAGAAUAAGGUGAUAAAGACAGAUCCUGAGCCCUGCUGCUCUGUGGUUGAGGGUUCGCUGUGGGAGCUGGAACUGCGUAUCAGCGCAGUUUGUGACUAUGUUAAGUUCAGCUGCAACACCAACACCAUCCACUUCAAAGACACACUUCUUUACCAAACCAGGAUCCAUCAGCUACAGAUAGUUAAUAAUGGCGCUGUCAAACUGGAAUUCUCCUUCCAAGUCCUCAUGGAACCAAGCAACAACAUCGUCAACUAUGACCAAGGAGACAGCAGGUCAGCAGGAAUGUUAAUUGGAGCCUGUCCCGCCAGUGUGAUGCCGCUUCUGGUGGGGAAUCCUGAGCGUCCGCCCGUCAGCAUCGAGCCCAGUGUAGGGGCCAUAGAGCCCGGUGCAAAGCAGAAUUUCAGCAUUCGCUUUUCACCUCUGGAGGUGGCCAAUUUUCAAGGCAGGCUGUUCUGCAGUAUUCCUAACUUGCAGGAUGGUGAUCAGGCUCCCUGUAUCUUGGUGUGUGGCCGCAGUCUGUUGCCUCACUGCCACUUUGACCUGGAGGACUCAGACUAUAUCAAUGGGAUCCGCCGCAACCCUGAAUUCAGGGGCCCUCUGAACCCAAACACCAGGGUCAUAGAGUUCAACGCUGUUGGGCUCUCUACUCCAUCAACAAGAUCUUUUAGUGUGAUGAACCCAACCAGUAAAGCCUACUCAUUCAAGUGGAGGUGUGAAGACACAGGUGGUAGCCCGUUCUACUGCCUCACCCCAUGUGGUACCAUCCUGCCUGGGAAGAAAGUGGAAGUGUGUUUUGAAUAUGUUCCUGAGCAGCUGGAUGCGGUGGAGUCAUUCUGGAGCUUUCUGAUUGAAACUCUGUCACUGUCUGUUCCCUUCCUGUGUGUGGGCACCACUAGAGAACCACUUGUCUAUUUUGACAGACCUUACCUUGACUUUGGAGAGCUGCUUGCUGGUCGCAAAGUAAAACAGACAGUCGAUCUGGUGAAUGGAGAGGAGGAGCCCUUCCACUUCUCUAUCAACCAGUCAUCUCUUCUCUCUGAUGACCAGCAGUCCAGCCUCAUUUUGCAGCCCAUGACUGGCACAGUGGCACCCAAAGACAGGUUGCCAUUGUCGGUGUCCUUCACACCUUGCCGGAAGGGUUAUGUGAGCUUCAGAUUGGUUCUGAGGGUGAAGAGGAAGUCAGAGCCACUUGCACUCACAGUUAAGGCCAAUUGUUUCACCAUGAGCACUUCUGUUCAAGUUGAGAAGCCAGACGGAGGCAUCAGAGAGAUCAGCCCUAACCACCAAGACACUCUGGACUUUGGAAUGGUGGAGAUUUCUGAGCAAUCCACCUUUAAUUUCCUGGUGUCCAAUCUGGCCAAAUUCAGCUUGGAAGUGAACUUUGACCUAACAGGCCCCAGCGAGCUGCUGCAACACUUGGAUAUCAAACCGCAAAAUGCUACAAUUGACGUUGGGAAGAAGCUGCAUUCGUCACUCUUCUUUUGUGCCCGAAGCAUUUGUAACCUCCAGGACAUCAGACUGAGUAUCAAGAUAACGCACGGGCCAACAUUUACCUUUGCCAUUAAAGGCAGGGCUAUAGCACCCAGCCUUGAAUUCUCCUUCACCAAGUACAACUUUGGCAAGUGCUUCCUAUACUCUCCUGGCAUGGUGCCAACCUCCCAGACUUUAGUAAUCAGAAACAAAGGCGAAAAGGACAUCAGUGUCCAGUGUCUGUUCAACAACACCUCCUACCUAGAAAUUGACUUCCAACCAGAUAUUUUGUCCCCUGGGGCUGUGAUGGAGGUACCUAUUAACUUCUGUCCUCGUGAGGCAGGCCGUUACCAUGAAAAACUCACCUUCAUCUUAAACAGCUGUGUCACAAAACUGGUGGACAUCCUGGGCCUAGGCAUCGAGAUGAAGCUGGAGGUGGAGGACCCUAAGCAGAGGAAAGUUAAACUGGGAUCUCUCAUGUUGGGUCAGAAGGUGAAAAAACAAGUGGUUCUGGUCAACCGCAGCCCUUUAGACCUUUCCUUUACUCUGCUGCUCAAUACAAACACACCACUGGACCCAAGGGAUUUGUCAUUCAGUCCAGCAGGUGACCUGAACCUAAAAGCCAGUGGUGGUUCAUGUAAUGUUGAGAUCCAGUUCACACCUCGUCAGCACAUACCUCCCUUCACUGCUGAGCUGCAUGCUGAGUUUGCGGGCCUGUUACACCCCCUGCUGACCAUUCAAGGCUGCUGUCAGCGUGUGGAGGUCCAACUGGACCAGGCCCACCUAGCCUUUGGAGCUGUUGUCCAGCGGUGCAAGGCCCGGAAGAAGAUUGUCAUGAUGAAUACUGGGGACAUUGGUGCCAGGUUCCAGUGGAAAACAGUUAAUUUUCCUCCAGAGUUGUCUAUCGCACCAGCUAAAGGCUAUAUCUGUCCAGGCAUGGAGGUCCCUUUUGAAGUGACUUUUGCCCCCAAAGAACUGAUUAAUGACACAAGAUAUGAGAACCUGUCGUGCUGUGUGGAAGGCUCUUCCUCACCUGUUACCCUCACUGUGACAGGCUCCUGCAUCAUAGCCUCCACUAGCAAAGAGGUGGUGAAUUUUGUUUGCCCAGUACGUGACUCUCACAUCCAGACCCUACACGUGUUUAACCCCACAAGCCAGCACUGCAGCAUCAGACCUGUCAUAGAGGGCGAGCAGUGGAGCGCUGCACCCUCUGUGAUCCUUGAACCCCUCCAGAACAAGACAUAUGAGAUCACCUACCAACCACUGACCAUGACUGCUGAUGGAAAAAAACACACGGGAUCAGUCUUUUUCUCCUUCCCUGACGGGACAGGCAUGCUGUACUCCUUGCAGGGAACUGCUGGGCCUCCCAAGGCAGAGCAUGUCAUUGUACACGAACUGCCUGCCAAGACUCACCACACACAGUUGCUCCCUGUGCGCAAUUGGCUCUCCAAGCAGCAGCGGUUCCGUGUGCUGAUGGAGAUCCUGAAACCUGACAGGCCAGAUCCUACAGUGUCCCUAAAGGGUCUAGAAUACAUUGAUGUCCCUGCUUUGGCCAAGAGAGACUACAAGAUGUCUUUCUUUACAUACAGAGAGGGGCAGUACAACACAAAGGUUACGUUUUGUAAUGUGGUGUCCGGUGAGUACUUGUUCUACCUUGUCACCUUCAAGGCCACAUCUCCAGGAGUCCUGUCCACUAUAGAGCUGGUGACCGCUGUCCGUCAGGCGGCCUCGGCCACUGUACAGGUGGAAAACCCUCUGACCACAGCUACCUGCCUCACUACUGAGUGUAAAUGCCCUGACAUCAGCGCCCCACCUCAACACACUGUGCCAGGGCAGUCCAAGAGUUCUCUGACCAUAGAGUACCAGCCCCUGCGCACAGGUGAAACUACAGCCCGGCUGACUCUGAGCAGUAAUGAUCUGGGCUUCUUCCACUAUGAUCUGCUGCUCAGAGCUCUGCCCCCACCCCCAGAGAAAACUGUCUACUUCAACGCUUCCCUGGGCAACAGUCACUCCGUGCUUGUUAAAUUCAUCAACUACUCCUGCAUUAAAACAGAGUACUCAUGCAAGACUGAUUGCCCGCACUUUAUUGUGGACAAGAGUGUUGGUGCUUCUCCAGGUUUCCAGGCAGGGUCAGAGGCCAGUGUGGAGGUUUGUUUCGAACCUCAUCAGCUGGGGGAAGUGAGAGGCCAGCUCAAACUGUCCUCAGGAAUCGGUGGCGACUACAUCUUUCCCUUACAUGGGAUCUGCCUCCCCCCCAAAGCCCAGGGCCCGUUUAGCAUCAGGGCUGGUCGCAACAUCACUCUACCCUUCAAGAAUGUAUUCCUGCAGACCACAGCUUUCUCUUUUCAGGUGGACAAUCCCUGUUUUACUGUCAAAGGGGUGGACACCAUCCUCUCCAAAAAGACCCAAAACAUCCUGAUAUCCUUUGAGGCCCCUCCAGGAGGCUCUCCAGGACCAUGGUUUGGCAAGCUGACCAUCUCCAGCCAGUGCUCCGAAGGCCGCAGCACACCUUGUUCUUGGGUUUAUUACCUGAAGGGCCAAAGCCCUGAGUCAUCUUAGAGAGAUAUGUACACAUACACCUACACACAUGCGAUUGGCUGUGCAGACUCACACAAAAAGACACACAAACGAAAUAAAUGUGCACAGGCAACCACUUGGACACAAGCCUUCAUAGCUUUAGCUUAUUUUUAUGAUGCUUCAGUUGAACAAAUUAUUUAUCCGAUGCAUGAACUCCAAUGUUAAUGCCAAAAAUACAAGAGGGUGUGUAUUUAUUUAUGUGCUUUAAAUAAUUAGUUGUCUCAAAUGUCUUCAUAAAUAUUGUAAUAAUUAACUGAAUAAAU